AUGUCUGCCAGGCAGUUUGUAGGUGCUCAACCUACAACCUCUGACUUCAGUAUCCUGUCCUACAGCUCUGAUCCAAAAACUGUUGAAGGAAAACUUUUAGUUAUGGAGAAGAGUUAUUCUUCAUUGGAAAAAUAUGGUCAAAACUUUCUUGAGAGAUUAAAAAGCUAUCGUAUACCAAAUGAUAUAUUAAAGUUGGUAAAUUUUGUUGAUACUCCUGGUGUUAUUGAAAACAGAAAGCAGCAGGAACGUGGUUAUCCAUUUGCUAACAUUUGCCGAUGGUUUAUCGAUCGAGCUGAUUUGAUCAUAUUAGUAUUUGAUCCAGCAAAACUUGAUGUUGGUACAGAGUUAGAACAACUAUUUAAACAGAUGAAAGGAAGUGAAGCUAAGGUACGAAUUGUGUUGAAUAAAGCAGAUUCAAUCACUUCUCAAGAACUGCUGCGUGUGUAUGGAAGUUUAUAUUGGAGUUUGUCUCCUUUAAUCAAUGUAACAGAACCACCCAAAGUAUAUGUAAGUUCAUUCUGGUCAAAACAAUUCUGUAGUGAAUCAAAAGAGUUUCAAAAUAUGUUUAUUGAAGAUGAGAUGUCAUUGCUUCAUGAUAUUUUUGAUGUGAUGUCGAACAGACUCCAAAAUAAAAUAGCCUUUCUCCGAAGACAUGCCAUUUUAGUGAGAAAUCAUGCUCUCCUAGUUGAUAAAUAUUUAGCAACAUUAGCACAGCAUCGAUCUUUUUUCCAAAGUUCUAGUGAUAUCUCAAUUAUGAUUGCAGAAAAUCCUGAUAAUUAUAAAAUUUAUGCGAAAGUUUUGGCUCACAGAGAUGUGAGUCAAAAUGAUUUAUUUCCUGCCAUUGCUUACAAAGAUUUUUUCUCUGUUCAUCCAAUGGAUAGCUUUAUUUCUUUAUCAAAGCACUGUGGAUUCAUGUCUUUAUGCCUUUUAGAUGCUAUAGAAAAAACUAUAUAUCAAGAUCUCCCUCUUUUAUUAGAAGAAGUAGAAUCACAUCAAUCAUUAGCUUGUUCUCAGAGGCAGACUUGCAAAAGUUUGUCUGGGGAAUGAAUAUUCUGCUUAUUAGAUUCUCUUAAUUCAUUAUUAUUAUGUUUAUUUUAAUAAAAGAAAAUAUUUCUGUAACUCAUUAGGCACUAUCAGAGUAAAGCAGUGAUGGUGAACCUAUGAUACAUCAUGGAUUUCCAGCUGUCAAUGGAGACAAAAUAUUUGUCUCUUGCCUCAUCAUUGUAAACAUGUGCUGCACUUACCUUGGGUGUGUUGAAGAGCAUUAUUGGCAGAUGGAUGCACUUAAUUGCCAUUUUUAUGAGUGUAUUUCAGUGCUUGGAACAGAUUACGUAACACUUUUAGAUGCAUAAAAAAUCUAGUAAUGGCUUUGCUAACAAUUUUUCUAUCAACAUAUUUUUGUGAGACUUUGUUCUCAUCACUGAAUAACAGUAAGACAAACAAAAGAAUCCGGCUAACAAUGAAAUUAGCAACACUUUACUUCAAUGCACAGAGUAUGAACUGUCUAUCGAAAAUUAUCAAACUUCAGCAAAAGAAAAGUCACAAAUAUAAUGAAUAAUAUGUGUUUUGCUUUUUUUUUAGUUAAGUAUAUCUACCUAUCUAUAUUUCUACAGAGUGCCCAUAUACCUAUGUGUUCUCAUAGUAUUUGAUUAUCAUUGAUAGUAUGAAAAAUGUACCUUUUUUGUCCCAUACUUGGGCUAUAAAUAUCCAAAAGUAAUGAAAAUUUCUGUACGUCAUAUGAUACCAGAGUUAAGCUAGAGGUUUUCUGAAUUUUGAGAUGCUGAAUUCAAAAGGUUCACCAUCACUGAUAUAAAGAGAUAGUUCCUUUCUCAGUCAAUAAUAACUAUAUUUCUCCUUUACAGCAUUUAAUGCAAUUAAGAAAGGCUCCUCCCUCUUUUUGAAAAAAAAGGGAAGUAAUUUAUGUAUGCAUGAAAGAAUUAUAUUAUUUGUGAAAUUAAUAUGAAAACGUUUUUAUAUUUAUAACAAACUUAAUUGUAUGAAAAGGAAGUUAGGAAUAUGUAUAUUGUAUUGUUUCCUAAAAAUGAAGUUUUAUUGUUUUUUAGUUUUUUAUGGAUUUUAUUGAAGCUAUAUUUGAAUUACAGUAUUCACAAGUGAUUAAAAACGCCAUAAAGAUUUCAUUUUUAGGGGACAUAAAUUUGGUUGGGUCAAAUUUUAACCAAUGAUGGAUUCUGCAGUUUACUGAUAGUAAUGAUCAUAGUCAGAAUAGCCAUAUAAAAUAACUGAAUAACUUUUUCUUCUUUCUGAAAAAGUACUGUGUUCAAAGUUACAAAGUUUCUUGUUACCAAAAUACUAAUGAAUAGUUUUUAUUAUUAUUAUGGCCAUGACUGUUGCUGUCGACUGAUGCAUCGCCUUUAGUCAACAAAACCUUGAACUAAAUAUUUAUCUCCAGAUAAAAUCCCUAUUUUUUCAGUUAAGUUUCAUGUAAACCCCAUUAUGUUAUAGCCAUUUAUUCAAUUCUUAUUCAUUUUUGGAAUCUAUGUGCUGUUUGUCCACCAUAUAUAUUAUUAUUUAAUAUUAAAAUGUGAUAUUUUUCUUAUAUAGAUAUGUUGGUUGUUGUUAAUUUCCACUGUUUUAAUCAAACUGGUCUUUUGUUCCUUUUAUCAAAAUAUUUUAUUUUUCAAUUCAAAUAGUUUGCUAUUGCUGAUAAUAAUAAAGUUAUUUUAAUUUUAAAAA